AUGGUGGUUGUAGCUCGUGGUAUCAGAAAACCCACUCGAUCGAAGUCAGGAGAAAUUUCCGCUGCUCGCAAGCCGUCGCGAUCUACUGGUGAUGUCGACUCUCCUCCGAACUCUCCUCCAGUUACUAGAUCUCGAGAUUCUAGAGUUUCGCGAGCCAUCGCACCACCGCAGUUUACAGAUCCGACGCCUUCUCCGUUUUCUAUGCACAAUGCAGAUCAUCCAGGUUUGAUUCUCGUUGCUAUUCAUUUAGAUGGAACAAACUAUGAUGAUUGGGAUGCUGCUAUGCGUAUUGCUUUGGAUUCAAAACGAAAACUCGGAUUCGUAGAUGGUAGCUUAUAUCGUCCUGAUGAAUCAGACCCAAGCUUCGCUCUAUGGUCGUGUUGCAAUAGUAUGGUGAAAUCAUGGUUGCUUAACUCUGUUUCUCCAGAUAUUUAUCGAAGUAUUUUGCGAUUAAGAGAUGCUUCUGAUAUAUGGAAUGAUUUGUAUAGUCAUUUUCACAUGAGUGACUUGCCGAGGACAUUUAAUCUCACUCAAGAGAUUCAAGAUCUAAGUCAAGGAUCCAUGUCAUUGAUGGUAUAUUAUACCAAGCUGAAGACGCUAUGGAGCAGUCUGGAGAACACAGAGGAACCAGAUGAACCUUGCAUUUGUGGUAAAGCUGCUCGUCUGCAACAGAAGGCAGAGAGAGCUAAGAUUGUUAAAUUUUUGGCUGGUCUUAAUGAAUCUUAUGCAAUUAUUAGGAGACAGAUUAUCAUGAAGAAGGUUCUCCCUAAUAUUGCUGAGGUUUAUAAGAUCCUUGAUCAAGAUGAUAGUCAGAAGGGUUUUACAAAUGUGGUAGUGAACCCAGCUGCUUUUCAAGUGUCUGACACUGGUCUUUCUAAUGCAUCCGAUCCAACCAUCUGUUAUAAAGAUGUUAUAAGAAGCAUGGGUUUCCUCCUGGUUUUUUCUCCGAAAGGGAAGAUGGCUGACAAGUCUCAGAAACCUCGUCAUUUAGCUGCACAAGUUGCUUUGGUUAACACUGAAUCUGAUGAUACACCAUCUACCUUGGAGGAUAUGGUUGGAGGGAUGAGUAAGGAUCAAAUAAAAAAGUUCAUCGCCAUGUUUAGCUCUCACCUUCAUGCUCAAGGUCCGAAUAACAAUACCACAGUUGCAAGUACAUCACAGUCUGAUAACAUUGGUAUUGCUUUCUCGCCUUCCACUUAUUGUUUCGUUGGUAUUUUGACUAUUGCUCAACAUGCUCUUUCAAUGCAUUUGCCAACUGGUCCUACUGUGCAGAUCAGUGGUAUUGGUACAAUACAGAUUAACAAACACAUUAUUCUUAAGAAUGUGUUGUUCAUUCCGGAGUUUAGACUGAAUUUGUUGAGUAUCAGUUCUCGGACUGAUGAUCUCGGUUUCAAAGUGAUUUUUGAUACAUCUACUUGUGAAAUCCAGGAUCCUAUCAAGGUCCAGAUGGUUGGUCAGGGUAAGAGGAUAGCAAACUUAUACAUACUCGAUGUUGGAGUCUUUUCUAUCUCAGUUAAUGCAGUGGUGGACAUCAGUUUGUGGCAUCGAAGACUUGGUCAUGCAUCUUUGCAGAGGUUGGAUACUAUCUCAGAGUCAUUGGGAACUACUCGACACAAGAAUAAAGGAUCAGAUUAUUGUCAUGUUUGCCAUCUCGCUAAACAGAAGAAGUUGUUUCUCCCUUCUCCAAAUAAUGUUUGUAAUGAAACCAUUGAGUUGUUACAUAUUGACAUUUGGGGCCUUUCUUUGUAG